UUGCGAGGGGAGGGCACAAAAUCGCCAGGCCCUGCUUGGGCCCGCACUGCUCUAAAGUGGGCCAGGCAGCUCCAGCCAUCAAAACGCAACUUUGCCCAGCCAUAGCAUCUUGUUCUGUCUCAGCCGAUGGUCGAGAAUUAAGCUGCCUCUGGUGCCACGAUGGAAGAAGUGAGGAAGACCGCCAUCCAGAUGCAGAGUCCUGUAAAGACUGAAUGGAAUUCCCGCUGUGUCCUUUUCACCUAUUUCCAAGGGGACAUUAGCAGCGUCGUGGAUGAACACUUCUCCAGAGCUCUGAGCAAUGUCAAGAGCCCCCGGGGCCUGAGCCCUUCGAGCCAGAGUGAAGACGUGAUCUUGAGGAAUGACAGUGACAUGCCUCCAAAUCAAUGGCGUUUCUCUUCUCAACGGACAAAGCCACAGCCGGAAGUAUCUUUUGCAAAUGGUGCCGCCACCUGCAGCUUGAAUGGCUGUGGCCCCAUGGCUAUGGAUGUGUACCCACCGUCCCUGACCGGGAGCCCCUCCGUUCAGCCUGGCGAGCCGCGGCCCUUCUCCUCCCUACCCAGCCCCAGCUUCCCAGAGCCUGGCUACCCUCCCGCCUUUUCCGCUGGGCACCUGGCUCCAGAGCCCCAGCCUGAUGGGAAAUAUGAGCCCCUCCUGAGUGUCCUCCAGCAGGAGAGACGCCACGCGCAUCCUCAGGAAUCUGCCUCAUGGGAAGAUUGCAACUCUGCCCCGGCAGCCGGAAGCACGGGAUUGCUCUUCCACCUGCCUCCCAGCUCAGCUCACUUUAAGAAAAUCUACUUCCCCCCAGAUGGUGGACCUGCCAGCGCCAGCCUUGCAGUUGAAAAAAGCCAAUCUCCAGAGAGAAGAAAAGGUCUGUUCUUCUACUGAGCUUCGUUUUGGAAGAAGAGAGUCCCUUUCUUCAAACCUGCUUACAGAUUCCAACUGUGAAUCCACAGGGUCUAGAGACAUCGCCGUCCUUUUCUCUUUCUGCCACUAUAAGAGCAGAGUUUGUUCUCCUGGAAGUUCUGUACUUCUCUUCCUUGGCACCCGGGCCCCGCGGCAGGGUUUUUUUUAACUUGCUAAGUGAAUCCGUAGCAUCUAAGAUGGUUAAAAGAG